UUUUGACAUUAGUGAAGUGUCAUGUCAUGUCAUUAAUUGUAUUUUUGUGAGCGAUAAAAUUUCGAAGACCAUUAUUACAAAUAAUUGAAGAUUUAGUAUACUGUUUACUAGUCCAAAAUGGCUCCAGUAGAACAAGAUGUUGAAAUGAAAAAUGUGGAAAGUCCUGCAGCUGCUAGUGAUGUAGAAACCAGCGAAGUGAAGAAAGAUGCCGACGUCUUGAGUGUCCAAGAUCUAAGGGAGCAUGUUCGGCAAAUUGACAAGGCUGUAACUUCUAAAGAGCCGCGGUUUGCGAUGCGUGUUUUGCGGUCUCUUCCAAGCACAAGAAGGAAGUUAAAUGGCAACGUGCUCCGUGCAAUCAUCAAUCAGCUUUACCCGUCGAGCCCAGACAAAGACACCUUGCUUGCUUUUGUUGAAAACCCAUUGCCUGGUGCCGUUGAGAUUGAAACUCCACGCUCCAGAAGUGCUCCAAAAACACCUGCACCUGAGGUGGAUGUUUAUAUGCACCUGUUAGUUCUGUUGCGUUUGCUGGACACUAACAAGUUGACUGAAGCUACUGAUUGUUCUCAGCAACUUAUGAAUAAAGUUACUGCCCAGAAUCGAAGAACCUUGGACUUAAUUGCUGCUAAGUGUUACUUCUAUCACUCAAGGGUCUUUGAACUAACCAACAAACUGGAUCAAAUCCGAGGAUUGCUUCAUGCUCGCUUGCGAACUUCUACACUAAGAAACGAUUUUGAAGGUCAGGCUGUACUCAUAAACUGCCUACUGCGUAAUUACUUGCAUUACUCUCUUUAUGACCAAGCAGAUAAACUGGUGAGCAAAUCUGUUUACCCUGAAAAUGCAAGUAACAAUGAGUGGGCAAGAUUUCUGUACUAUCUUGGUAGAAUAAAGGCUGCACGUCUUGAAUACAGUGAUGCUCACAAACACCUGGUGCAAGCUCUUAGGAAAGCACCUCAGACUGCUGCUGUUGGUUUCCGUCAAACUGUUCAGAAGCUGGCAAUUGUGGUGGAACUUCUACUGGGUGACAUCCCUGAGCGUGCUAUCUUCAGGCAAGCACCUCUUAGAAAGGCUUUGGCCCCAUACUUCCAACUCACUCAGGCAGUGAGGCUUGGUAAUCUGCAGAGAUUUGGAGAAGUGCUGGAGCAUUUUGGUCCCCAGUUUCGUAGUGACCACACUUUCACUUUGAUCCUACGCUUGAGGCAAAAUGUCAUUAAGACUGCCAUCAGGUCUAUUGGUCUCUCUUAUUCUCGUAUAUCUCCCAAGGACAUAGCAAGGAAGCUUGGUUUGGAUUCGGCUGAGGAUGCAGAGUUUAUCGUGGCGAAAGCGAUCAGAGAUGGAGUUAUUGAGGCUACCUUGGACCCUGAAAAGGGGUACAUGAGCAAUAAGGAAAGUUCUGAUAUCUACUGCACUAGGGAGCCCCAGUUGGCCUUCCAUCAGCGUAUCUCUUUCUGCUUGGAUCUUCAUAACCAGAGUGUGAAGGCGAUGAGGUACCCACCAAAGUCCUAUGGCAAAGAGUUGGAGAGUGCCGAGGAACGGCGAGAGAGAGAGCAGCAAGACCUGGAAUUGGCCAAGGAGAUGGCUGAGGAAGAUGAUGAUGGCUUCCCUUGAUUACUUCAUACGUUUUUGCCUACAAUAUUUUUUACUUAUUAAAUCCUGUUAGUAGAUUUUGUGUGAGAAAUUGCUAUAAUUGCAAGUGUAAUAAAUGCUAUACUAAUAAAACAAUAUCAAGUAAUAA